AUGGAGGUUGGGGAGGACGCAAGGGCGUUGGGGAAUGGGGAUGCUCCUAGCAGCACCAAUGCCGGAGAAAACACCUACAAGAAUAAGUCGUUUGCUGUCGCUCUGGGGCUGCCGGAUGGCUCGGAGCACAUGCCGUUCCGGUGGAUCGAGCUCCGCGAGGGUGAUUUGAGGGAGACCCUUACAACAGACUUGCCUGACCAGAUUGACUCUCUGCUCCUCGACAGUGAAGAUCGUCGCGCCAGAUACAUGAAGAAGGAUGAAUCGCUGCUGCUCGACUUCGAAAUCCCCGUGCUUAUGCUUACUUUCUCUUUCUCUCCAGUAUGGGCUCCUCUCGCCUUGCCGGCGCUCAUACUCGUGCACCCUCGCCUCAGGGUCGGUGCCACGGUAGUUGUGGACAACAUCAUCUCUUCUCGUGCCCGCUACCAAGACCUGAUCGAAUAUCUCGACCACUCUGCCAACGGAUUGAAGAGGCACCGACCUCCCGUACAACGGCGGACUCCGGAUACCGGUGUACAUAGACGAGGUGACCGACCUGUGAUUAUCGUCGGUGGUGUUGGGACGAAACGCAAGUUGUCCAAUAAGGCAUGUGAGACUUGUAGGAAGCGCCAUAAACGUUGCUCGCACGUGAGGCGCACACCCACCGCGUCAACUCCGGAUGCAAUCUCAGCCCAUGCUUCAGCGGCUUCUCCGCCCUCGUCGGAGGCAAUGACCUCAACCCGAAGCCGGACCGCAGAUGCCGCGCAUCUUCACUUCGUCGGCGACCUCAGCCCCGAAGCCUCGUUCCUCGCCAACCGCGGCCAGGACCGAGGCGCAGGAGGCCACCAGCCACCGAGACGGGGUGAGAUCGGGGUGUGGGUUGGCCAAAGACCCGACGACCGUGUUGAUGCCCCGUCCGAUACCCGGCGGGGUGCAGAUGUCGCCACCGUAGAACCAAACCACACGGGACCUUUUCCCGCCUCUCGGGCCUUGAUGGGGCUCAACAACUUCGACCGCCUGUUGGACAUCUAUUACGCCAAGUUUGACACCAUCUUCCCCGUCCUCCACGCAGAAGAAGCAUCCCUCGAGAAACACGACGCCAUGGAAGCCGCUGUCCUCAGACAAUGCAUCUGCCUGAUAGCGGCCCUAGAUCCCUCAGCUCGCGGCCAUUUGCGUCUGGGACAGGACGAGAAUGGCGUCGUGUUGUUGCAGAUGGAGUUCCGAUCGCGCGUCGCCAUGGCCCUCAAGCUGGCCCUGGACGCCGAUUUCAUCCACGACAAGAUGGUCCAGCUCCAGGUGUGUAUCCUCAUGUCCUUCUACGCGGACAAGCCAAGCUCGGGCGAGUUCUCCGCCCAGUACUGUGCCCAGCCCGUCCAGCUCACCCAGAUGAUGGGUCUCCAUCUCGGCUGGCCCGGCGAUAGGGGCACCACGGAAAAGUCGAAACGCGUCUUCUGGUGCGUCUGGACGCUGGACCGUCUGAACGCUGCCGCUAAUGGUCGGCCCAUUUUUAUCCACCAUCAGGACAUGGACAAGAGGGUGCUGGACGCCGUGCCCGAGCAGAUUCCCGCCUUUCAGCUUUUCAUUCGCAUCUCGCGGUUUCUGGACCGAGUUAUAUCGAAAUAUCGCCCACAUGCUCCGCCCGAGAGUCAACAACUAGAGACGCCGUCAUUUGAUGAUCUGGUUUGUGAGGCUCGUGCUGCGGAUGUCACAGCCUCGUUGCUUGCCUCUUUGGAACUGUAUUAUCAUGCCGUUGUCAUACUACAGGGCAGACCACAGGGGAUCGCGUCAGGGCGGGCGCCCUGUUCAUCUGCACAAACCUUCUGCGCGGCGAGCAUCAUAUCCAUCGCCUCGGAGGAGUACAGGUCGUCUCUCACUUUCUGGGCCGUGGUGCCGUAUGCCGUAUCCUUGGCCUCGUCCGUGGCCUACCGGAAUUUCCGAAACAGCCCCAUCCCCUACCACCGGAAACGAGCCUACGGGCUGUUGCAAGCCAGCUGCGACAUGCUGGACGACCUCGGCAAAGCCUUCCGGUCCGCUCGCAUGAUGGCGCGCUUGGCCAAAGACACCCUGCAAGAGGUUGAGCGUAUUUCGGUCAACAGGAACAGGAUCAAACCUCGUGAGGGAGCCGCAGCACCGAGCGGCCGUGGUUCAACGGAACCCCAGACCGAGAAGAACACCGUGCAGACAUGCUCGCAGCCGCCCGUAACCUCGACAUCCCCGGUUUCCCCCGGCCCAACAACGAUGGUGGCGAUCCCCCUGACGCAACCUCCCACGUUGGUGGCACCCGUAUCAGUAGCGCAGCUAGAACCCGGCAUAUUCCAAGGCCUGGAUUUCUCGGACGUGUCGGGAAUCUUCGACGAGUUCGACCCUGAAUUUCAGCUUGAUCGGGUUGACGCCUUGUUCUCUGCCAACCUAAACCCGGCAGUGCCUUUCCUUCCUACCGAGUGGAUAGAUGAUGCGCAGUUCGGCGUACAGCCCUGA